AUGCAGACUGCCAUGGUGACGUACAUUGUCUUUGGUAUCUUCAUCUACAAUCAGGGCUAUUUGGACUAUGAGCCAUCUCGAGGGGCCAUCGCCACGCACGUGCACGGGGACUUCGUGGCCGUGAGCAGCGGGCGACCGAAAGUGCGGUACUUCACAGCGGAGGAAAUCACCACGCCUGGCCUGGAGAACGGGAACGUCUUUGUGACGACUCGACAGUCGCUGAGCCGUCAAAAGCCACUUGGACGCGUGGAGCUGACUGAGCGCGGAAAGACGCGGGGUUAG